AUAUUCUCUCCGGCGAGAACGAUGUUAGUGAGUACUCAAAAGCCUGAGAAAGAGCAGCAAGUACUUUUAUAAACAAGUAUCAUCAUUAUUCCUCGAACCUUAUUACCAUCUCUCUUCGUCCUUUAGAUCCACCAACUAUUGAUUCAAUCUGAUUUUUGUUCUUGGGUCUUCUGAAAGUUUCCGGUUUUCUUAAUUUGUCGACUUCUCCAAUCGAAAUGCGUGGUCUUGAUCGAUGGAUUGCUGACGCAGUCAGAUCAGAACCAUUGGAUCAGAAUGGUCAAACCCUCGGUCGAUUGUCUCUCGACGAAUCUCUCCCUUCCUCGUCUGUCUCUUUUGUUCCCUCUAAGAAUUGUUCAAUCAAUUCGUGUCGCUUUCUCCAAAAGUCGAGUAUUUUGAAGUUUAGGAGACGAAAUGGGACCAAGGGACCUCUGUUUUUGUCAGUCAGUUUAUCCAUCAAGGAGAGUAAUGGUGAGGAAGAAGAAGGGUUUAAUGGUCGAAACAGCUAUGGAUCUAUACGGGUGAAAGAUUCGGUGUUGAUCGGUGGUGAUCAAGUAGCGGCAGAAGAGAUCAGGGUCAAGGAAAAUGGAUCAGGAGCUCUCAACACCACUAAGCAUUUAUGGGCUGGAGCUUUUGCAGCCAUGGUUUCAAGGAUUUUGGUUUGAGCAGAACUUGCAUUGCACCUCUUGAGCGGAUGAAGCUAGAAUACAUAGUCCGUGGAGAGCAACGGAAUCUUCUUGGACUCAUUCAGAGGAUUGCAACAACUGAAGGGAUUAGAGGAUUUUGGAAAGGGAAUUUGGUUAAUAUCCUUCGAACAGCUCCUUUUAAGUCCAUCAACUUCUAUGCAUAUGAUACAUAUAGAGGCCAGCUUCUGAAGUUGUCCGGAAACGAAGAAACAACUAAUUUUGAGAGGUUUCUCGCUGGUGCAGCUGCCGGAGUAACAGCUAGCUUGCUUUGUCUACCGCUUGACACUGUAAGAACGGUUAUGGUGGCACCUGGUGGAGAGGCAUUAGGUGGUGUAGUUGGUGCAUUCCGUCACAUGAUUCAAACCGAAGGUUUCUUUUCGUUAUACAAAGGUCUUGUACCUUCACUUGUUAGUAUGGCUCCAGCGGGAGCUGUGUUCUACGGUGUCUAUGACAUUUUAAAAUCAACUUACCUUCAUACACCGGAAGGUAAGGAACGGCUUCAACACAUGAAACAAGAAGGUGAAGAGCUAAAUGCUUUUGAUAAACUCGAGCUUGGCCCCAUGAGGACUUUGUUAUAUGGAGCAAUCGCAGGGGCUUGCUCAGAAGCAGCAACUUAUCCGUUUGAAGUUGUGAGAAGGCAUUUACAGAUGCAGUCACAUGCGAAAAAGUUAAGCACAGUGGCUACUUGUGUCAAGAUAAUUGAACACGGAGGUGUUCCUGCUCUAUAUGCUGGCUUGAUUCCCAGCUUAUUGCAGGUUUUGCCUUCGGCUGCUAUUAGUUACUUUGUGUACGAGUUCAUGAAAGUUGUCAUGAAGGUAGAAUCAGCGCAAUAGUCUUCUGAGGAGAGAAUUUUUUUUUCCUUUUUUGGGGGGUUUUUACUCUCAAGCUUUUCUCCGCCUUUGACAAAACGAUAUAGUUUGUGAAACAGCUGAGUGCAAGAAUAAUAAUAAGAU